GGAAGCGCUGAGCCGCUCAUCGUGCCCUGCGCUGCCCAGACUAGCGAACAAUACAGUCAGGAUGGCUAAAGGUGACCCCAAGAAACCAAAGGGCAAGAUGUCUGCUUAUGCCUUCUUCGUGCAGACAUGCAGGGAAGAGCAUAAGAAGAAAAACCCAGAGGUUCCCGUCAAUUUUGUGGAGUUUUCCAAGAAGUGCUCUGAGAGGUGGAAGACCAUGUCUCGCAAAGAGAAAUCAAAGUUUGAUGAAAUGGCAAAGGCAGAUAAAGUACGCUAUGAUCGGGAGAUGAAAGAUUAUGGACCAGCUAAAGGAGGCAAGAAGAAGAAGGACCCAAAUGCCCCCAAAAGACCUCCGUCUGGAUUUUUCUUAUUCUGCUCCGAAUUCUGCCCCAAGAUCAAAUCCACAAACCCUGGCAUCUCCAUUGGAGAUGUGGCGAAAAAGCUGGGUGAGAUGUGGAAUAACUUAAGUGACAGUGAAAAGCAGCCAUACAUCACCAAAGCAGCAAAGCUGAAGGAGAAGUAUGAGAAGGAUGUUGCUGACUAUAAGUCUAAGGGGAAGUUUGAUGGUGCCAAGGGUCCUGCUAAAGUUGCCUGGAAAAAUGUGGGAGAAGAGGAAGAGGAGGAGAGGAAGAAAAAAAAAAAAGAAGAAGAAGAAGAACCAAAGGGUGUGGCUGCAGCUGUAUGUGCACCGUUCGUAUCUUUCCUGUUCUUCCUUCACACUGCAUUUAGCACUAAGAGGACGCCUGAAGAUCGGAGGAAAAGUCUGGUUGAGGUUGAAGUACGACUCAGCAGUAGACUCGACUCGAUUGGCAUCUAUGAAGCCCUCGGUUGUGUCCCACGCACCAUAGGGAAAGUAGAAAAGGUAAGAACCAACUUCCAAAACCUGGCCUCUGAUCUCAAACAUGACGACGACGAGGACGAGGACGACGACGACGACAACAACAACUGCUGCGGUGGCGGCGGUGCAGCGGCAGCGGUGGCACUGCUGCUGCUGAUUAACUGUACAAAAUAA